UCUAUGAUGGAAUACGCAACACAGUUAUAUUCAUUUGAGAUCCCGAAGAAAGUACUUAUGAUAGACGAAAAACAAAUAGAAGGAUUAACAAAUGAAGGAAUAAAAUCAUUUUUAUCGCUA